GUUGAAAUGAAAAAUCCCGCCAAUGCUUUGGAAAAGCUCGCUCUCUUCUCUUCCGUACGAUUGUUUGGAUCUCUCUCUUUCAAUGGCCAACUUUUCUCCUCAAUCAUUUUUCUAGGGUUUUGAUUCGAAUCGCUCUUCUUCCACUCAACGUUGCAAUCUCCAUUGCAUUUUUCUUCCAUUUACCGAUGUCCAUAUUUUGCUGAGGGAAUGUGUUGUUUUGGUUGCUACUCAAAUGAGACAAGGUGAAGCCAAUUCAGUUCGGGCUGUUAAAGAGAAUAACAGGGACUGGUUGCAGCAUGCCAAUGCUCAUGAGAAUUUCUCCUCCCAAGAGAAGUUUUUGAGCUCUAAUUUUCUGUUCUCUCUUCCGCCUAAGAAGCCCCGCCACCGAGAACCGAACCCUGGGACUUCCGGGUUUGUAUUUCAACGAAGUGAAAAUAUUCAAGUUUCACAGAGAGUACAAUUUGACAAGGCUUGGGAUGCUCUUUCAAGUCUACAAAAUUCUAGUAGGAACUAUGUACAACCUGGAAAAUCUGUCAAUGUUAAUCAGCAGAGUCAUGAGAAUACGAGAACAGUACCCAUCCACGGAGGCUAUCAGAAUGACAACCGUAUGUGUCCUGAUGUCACUGCCAUUCCAGUUGUUAGCGGAAAUACUUGGGGUUUGGAUGGUUCAUUGAACAAUCAUAAUAAGUACACAGGCCAAAUCAACGAGUCUUCUAACUGCAUGUCUGGAGAUAUUGAUGAUGAUAACAUACUUGAGAACAUUGAUGUUGACCAAAUAGUUGAGAAAUACCAGUCGACCAGCACUCCCACGUCGUCAAUAUCCAAGUUUCCUCCUGUAACAUCAAAUGCACAUAAAGAUGAAUGUGCUAGACAGGGGGAUGAUAUUUUGCCACCAGACCUGUGUGUAGAUUGCAUCCAUGGGUACAAGUUAGGGCUUUGCCCUGAAGCAGCAAUUCAUUUGCAGGGAUUGAAGGAUAAUCUAAUUGCAAUCUCCAAUGAACUGCUUGACAAUGGUGAAAACCUCAAUUCUACACAGUUAACAAAGCUUCGCCAUGAUAGGUCACAGCUGAAUAAGCAAAUUCAACAACUAGAAAAAUAUAUUCAAUCUGGUAAUCUUAACGAGGAAAGGCAAAAGUCACAUUUUUCUGCAUCCACGGCACCAUCUACAUCAUCUGUGUAUGAAACACCUCAGCAAACUGGUGCCUGUAAUGGAUCCAAGCGAUAUGAUACCCAGGCUUAUAUGGGUAUCGGGACAUGUGGUUCAACAUUCCAGUCUCUUCCAUCUUUUUCUUUAGACAAUUAUAGCAUAUCAUCGGGUCCGGUGGAGCGGGAGGCGUUCAUCCCAAAGAUUAUUGAAGUUAAUUACAUUGAAGGUUCUGGAGACAAACGCUGGAGCAGCCAUGAUUUUCCUUGGACAAAAGAGUUAGAGGUUAAUAAUAAAAAAGUAUUUGGAAAUCAUUCCUUUCGCCCCAAUCAAAGAGAGGUCAUUAAUGCCACAAUGAGUGGAUCUGAUGUUUUUGUUCUGAUGCCCACUGGUGGUGGAAAGAGUCUGACAUAUCAGUUACCGGCUCUUAUUUGUCAUGGUAUAACAUUAGUAAUUUCUCCUCUUGUGUCCCUUAUUCAGGAUCAAAUAAUGCACUUACUGCAGGCAAAUAUACCAGCUGCUUACUUAAGUGCCAAUAUGGAAUGGACUGAACAGCAGGAGAUCCUCCGAGAACUUAAUUCUGAUUACUGUAAAUACAAGUUAUUAUAUGUGACACCUGAAAAGGUUGUCAAAAGUGAUAAUCUUUUGCGACACUUAGAGAAUUUACAUUUUCGUGAGUUACUUGCAAGGAUUGUAAUUGAUGAGGCUCACUGUGUGAGCCAAUGGGGGCAUGAUUUUAGACCAGACUAUCAGGGACUUGGUAUAUUGAAACAGAAAUUCCCGAAUACUCCAGUUUUAGCUUUAACAGCUACAGCAACUGCUAGCGUAAAAGAAGAUGUUGUGCAAGCACUUGGUCUUGUUAACUGCAUUGUUUUUCGGCAAAGUUUUAAUCGCCCAAACUUAUGGUAUUCUGUUGUCCCCAAGACCAAAAAGUGUUUGGAAGAUAUUGACAAAUUCAUUAGAGAGAAUCAUUUUGAUGAAUGUGGCAUUAUCUAUUGUCUUUCGCGAAUGGACUGUGAAAAGGUUGCUAGCAAUUUGCAGGAAUGUGGACAUAAAUGUGCAUUUUAUCAUGGUAGCAUGGAUCCUGCUCAGCGUGCCUUUGUUCAACAGCAGUGGAGCAAAGAUGAAAUCAAUAUAAUUUGUGCUACAGUAGCAUUUGGAAUGGGUAUUAAUAAACCCGAUGUCCGAUUUGUAAUUCACCAUUCUCUCCCAAAAUCUAUUGAAGGCUAUCAUCAGGAAUGUGGCCGAGCUGGUAGAGAUGGUCAACGUUCAUCCUGUGUAUUAUAUUAUAACUAUAGUGAUUAUAUACGAUUCAAGCUUAUGUUAAGUCAAGGAGCAAUAGAGCAAAGUCCCAUGGUAUCUGGACACAAUCGUUCAAAUAUGAUAAAUCCUGGAAGCAUACUAGAAACAAACACCGAAAACCUUAUGCGAAUGGUUAGUUAUUGUGAAAAUAAUGUCGAUUGUCGACGCCUUCUGCAGCUUGUUCAUUUUGGGGAGAAGUUCAAUUCUUCAACUUGUCAUAAAACGUGUGAUAAUUGCUUGAAGAUCACAAAUUUUAUUGAGAAGGAUGUCACAGAGAUAGCAAAGCAAUUGGUUGAACUUGUUAAGCUAACGGGACAGAGGUUCUCAUCAUCUCAUAUAUUAGAAGUCUAUCGUGGUUCCUUUAGCCAAAUGGUUAAGAAAAAUCGGCAUGAGAAAGUGAGCCUUCAUGGUGCUGGAAAGCAUCUAGCUAAGGGUGAGGCUUCCCGUAUAUUGCAUCAUCUUGUUGUCGAGGAUAUUCUUGUGGAAGAAGUAAAGAAAAGUGAUUAUUAUGGAUCGAUAUCGUCAAUAUUGAAGGUAAAUGAGCUCAAGGUCUGUAAUCUGUUUGCUGGGCACCGAAUUAUAUUGAGAUUUCCAUCUUCUGUAAAGGCAUUAUUAAAACCAGGGAAAUCUGAUGCAACUCCAGCCAAGGGUUCUUUGACAUCUGGGAAGCCGAAUGUUAUUCCAAUUAACACUCCUCAGCCUCAAACCGAAGUGGAUUUGAAUCUUUCAGCCAAGUUAUACACUGCUCUGCGUAUGUUGAGGACAACUCUUGUCAAAGAAGCUGGAGAUGGUGUUUUUGCUCACCACAUAUUUGGUAAUGCCACGUUGCAGCAUAUGAGCAAGAGAGUGCCGAGAACCAAAGAAGAACUCCUCGAUAUCAAUGGCAUUGGCAAGGCAAAGGUAAGCAAGUAUGGGGAUGAGAUACUGGAAACCAUUGAGAAUACCAUAAAUGAAUAUUACAAGUUGGAUAAAGCCAGUAGCGACAGCAAAGGCAGUGCAGAUUCUGGGAAAAGGAGACGAGAGUUUAAUAAUGCUGAGGACGAUGACGCCCUCACCAAUAGUACAGGUCGUUCUAAGAAAAGGACUAUAAAGAAGCAAAAUAGAAAAACUGUGAUAUAUGAUUCUGCAGAGGAAGAUUAUUUUCAUGGAUGCCAUGACGAAGACCUAGACUUCGACCUCAUAGAAAUUGAUGCAUUAGAUCAGGUGACUUGUAAAAAUGCUUCUGGGGGAGCACUACCUCAAUGGACAACAUCUUGAAAUGAUACACAAUCAUAUUAUUGUCAUGCCCCUUCGGACUAUGUAUACCAAGCUUGCAGUAAUUUAUGGUUUAUUGCAUCGCACGAGUGGAAGAUAACUAUUAUACGCAGAUCAACGAGGAAAACUGUAUUACUUGUAUUUCUACAACCACCAUCAAAGUUAACUUGUACGGUGAAGAGGUUACAAUUUAAUUUGGUUAAAUCUGAGGAUAACUGUAAAAAGAUAGUGAAAUUGUAAAGGUGGUAUCUUCAAUUGGUAAAGGCUUUGUAUUCCGAAGUAAUAACCAAUAUAUUUUUUUUAUUGAUAUUUCUUAAAGUCU